CUGCAUCGCUAACUAUAGGGUUUGCUGGGAGGUGUCCUGGCCUUGCUGUUGAAGCUGCAUUUCCAAUUUAGCUGCCUGCUCCUUUGCUCUGUGAUCUUUCAGGACGGGCUUUAAUUCCAGUCUUGAUUUCCACUGCUUUCAGGGUUUGGAAGCAUAGCCUCUCAAGUGCUGGGGCAGAGGGAAGCGGAGGAGCCGGGACCGGCAGCGCUGAGGGGUCUCUGCAGAGAAUGGGGGCUCAGUCACUUGGGAGUCAUCCUGGCCUCUCUCUUGGUAGAGACUCGAAGCAGCUCGCCCUCGGAACAGACCUCCUUGGGCGUGGAAAGCCCUGAAAUUGUGGAGCGAGUGCUCGCUGAACUCCUCUCGGACCCUGAGAAUGAAUUAUCUGACUUCCCUGGGAACCUCGUGCUGCGAACAUUUCUAACCUUAUAAGGCUGCGUGUGCUGAAGGGCUCUGUGUCCUGGCCAGGAAACAAGGUGGCUUAGAACUGCUCUAAUGUGAACAAGUAGAGUACGUUGACUGUCCUUGGCUUUUUUUCUAAGGUGUAGUUGCUGAAGCUCUGUAAGAUGGCUUUGCGCUUCCGCAAUUUUGUCCCGUACGCCAUUCCCGGAGUGCUGGCGCUUCUCGGCUGCUGGUGGAUAUAUUCCUGGAGGAAAAAGUACGCGAGCUAUCGCGAUAAACAAGCAAUAGCCAUUGGAAGGGAAAAGAAGGAAGAAGUGUCAGAGAGCGGUUCAGCCCCCAAACCAGAAGCGUGUGUUCCUCGCAGGCGGCCUCACUCGGCGCCGGAGGAAUGCCCGGAGAACAGACCCCCGACCCCCCUGCUGACCCCCCUGCUGCCCGCGGGCCCGACGACGCCCUCUCCUCUGUGCCAAACUCAUGAGAGGCCGGAUCUCUCACAGGACCUUCCAGACCUGUCGGGAACGACAGUUCAGCCCAGCACCCACGAGGACGACAGUGAAAAACUAGAAAGGAUAGGAUCCCAAGAGGAAAGCGGUGCCCCUGCUCGUGCUCCCCUCCCUCGGGUCCCGGAGAGUGCGGAGCUGAGCCAGGCACAGGGGUCAAGCCCCAGUGCAGACCGGGAUCAGCAGCCAUCAGCACCCCUGGCACAAGAGUCUUUGGGAGCCAAGGUGGAGAUCAGCAGUGCAGAGCAGUCAGAUGAGUCUGCGUUUAAGCCCCCUGAGGAAAAGCAGAUGCCAGAAAUUGUGCAGUCGGAUACUGGCUCUGUGACAGCCCAUUGCUUUGGAUUGGAGAAAGAAACCAAUGCCCCACAAGCCUUUGUCAGUAAGGAAGCUGAAGUUGUCUCAAGUCACGAGGAUUCUGCAGUGAAGAUGUUACCAGGGAGUUUGGAGCCUGCCUGUUUGAAGCAGUCCAGGGACGAGGAGAUGCCCGAGUCCAUUGCCAGUGUGCCAGUGGGUCGUGAGGACACGCAGCCAAAAGGAGAUGAGUUGGAAAGAGAGAAGAUUGGAGGAGUGAGUUUGGACAAGGAAGUUGAGAAAAUUGAGCAAGUAGCAAUACAGUUCAUUUCCAAGGUUAUUUUGGCAGCAACUGAGGAAGUGCUGUCAGGUUCUGCAGGCGAGGCGUCCCCUCGGACGUGCCAGGCCACUGCUGGCCGGGCUGAGGCAGCUCUGGGGGCCGGGAGUGGUGCUGCUUUGGGGGCAGGGAGUGGUGCUGCCCUGGGCUGGGGGCUCGCGGAGGGAGCGGCAGCCGACAGGACCCCACUGCCCACACCCCCAGAGGAGCAGGGCCAGGGUGCCACAGGCUCCAGCUGUCCUGCACACGGCUGUGCAGCCAGCCCUGGCCAGGGAGACACAGGAGACUGUGGGGUGAAGAGCUGUGAGGGCAGGGAGUCCCAGGGAGUUGAUCGGACUCGUGUGGAAAACCACAGAGGGCCACUGAAAAAGUCAUCUUUGGCCCUGGAGGACUCUGGGUACAGCACACACACAUCUGAAGGUGGGACGAGUGUAGAGGACCUGCUGCAGAACACGGUGCUGUCUGUCACGUCAGACCAGCUGUCGGACUCACUGAGCACUUCUGCAGCCCAAGACACAUCUGCUGAGCAGAGCUUGGUGCCAAGGGAAAGCCCUCCUGCUCUGGGGCUGCCUGGAGACAGCUCAGUGCCAUACAGCAAUGGGAUCCUGAAGGAGGAUGGGCCAGACUCGAGCCAGGAGUGUAGUAGUGCGGCAGGGAUGGAUGGAGAUCACUCAGAAGGUUCGGAUGCAAACAGCGUGGAUUUCGUGGACAGUGGCUGUGCCAUGAGGAAGACAGUGGCUCGCCAGAAUGCCAAGCUGGAAGGAGGAUCCAGCAAGCCUGACUUCGUUAUCUGGGAGAUCGAGGUCCCAAAGGAAUUAGUUGGCCGUUUGAUUGGCAAACAAGGGAGAUUUAUGAGCUACUUGAGGCAAAUGUCCGGUGCCAAAAUUUACGUCUCAACACUACCUUACUUCCGUGACUCCCAAGUCUGUCACAUCGAAGGGACCUCGCAUCAAGUAGAAAAAGCCCUGAGCCUGAUUGGCAAGAAGUUCAAAGAGCUAAAUGUGGUGCCACUUUCAGACGAGGAUCACUUCUCCUCGGAAGCCGACGCCGCUGUCAGUGAGAUGACCAGAGGCGCCGUCCUCGUGGCACAGGUCACAAAUUACGACAGUGUCACGGGGCUGCCGCUGAUCCAGCUGUGGAACCUGAUGGGGGAUGAGGUAGUGUCAAUAAACAGGACUCUGGUGGAAAGAGGGUUUGCUCGGUGGCUUGACUACUAAAGAUGUCCCAGAUGCCUUGACAACUCUUUCUGCCGAGAAAAACAAAAGACAAAAAUCUUGUUUUGCACUGUUACAAUUUGGUUUGGCAACUUCCCUCGAGAAGACCCGUUUACACCUGCCCUGCCUGUGGAGUUUUGUGGUCCAUUGAAACAUGUUUUACUCAACUGUUACCAUUUCAGUAGAACAGAUACCUCAUCUCCUGACAGGGGGUGUCCAAAGCCAUAAUGACAGAUACUGUAGCUUUAAAGCAAAAAGUCCUCCCUGGCCUCUGCUCAAAAGUUGAAUGGAAAAAAGCCCUUCCAGCCUUGGGGCUGGCUCGAGGCAAAGCCCCCGAGUCAGUCCCCGCGGUUGGGCUCCCGCUCGGUUGUGCCCCGGGAACUCGGUGUCUGCUUUUUCCUAAAAGUUACAUCGGUUGUUCUUUUUUUAACGGGCUCUGCCUCUGUAAUUAAUGAUUGUGAUUAAGGAAUUUAAUGUUCAGUUAUGGAUUUUUCUACAUGGUGCCACUAGCCUGCACAAACAGCAUUCAUCUUGUGUCUUCCUGGCGCCGGGAGGUGGAGGAGUGGCGGUCGCUGCUCUUCCCGUGUCCCACUGCAAUCAUGGAUUUUAGGCUUGACCUGCUCUCCCUGCAGGGGCUUGGAGUGCAGGAUGUGUUACCACUACAGUUUUUUUUGCUCUGAAACAUCAUGUAUUUAAAGAAAAGAAGUGCUUGCCAAGCCCAAUUGUAGUUUAUAUUUUUCUAGCUGUGCAAGUCUGUAAAUAUAUAUUAAAAAAAAAAAAAUCAUUGUAAUAUUUUGUACAAGAAAAAAACACUGGAAACAAAGGGAACUUUACAGAAACUUUUUCACACCAAAAUGUCCUAUAUAGGUAGAACUGGUUUGGAGUGCAUUAGGGUAGCCAAAUAAUUUGGAGCAUCCAAAUGUUGGGAGUGUUUCAGCUCUGCUGUAUCAGGAUUAGUGUCCCCCUUAGGUUGCUGUCUGGUUGGAAUUGUGAUCGCUGCAUCCUUUGCUAUGUUGCUGUACAGAUCUGUUUAAAAAAAAAAAAAAAGUAACAACUUUGGCAUUACUCUUGCAGUGGUGUUCUCUCUCAAUUUUUU